UGUCAUGAGCUCAGCCCAGGGUCCCAGUGCUGAGGAAGGGAUGCUCGUCAUCUUGUUCUAUGAAGCAAAUGGCUCCUGGUACAGGACCUUAAACCCCUUUGGGGUUCAGCUGGCCAUUUAUCUGACCUGUGCCUUGAGCACACUGAUCAUGGUGCUGGGGAGCCUGCCUGUCAUCAUCACCACGGUUUCCCAUUGCAAAGCCCUGCACAGCCCCAUCAGUCUUCCGCUCCUCUCCCUCGACCCUGCUGAUGUCCUCCUGGGGCUGACUGGGAUGCCCUUCAGCACCAUCCUGUCCAGGAAGAGCUGCUGGUAUUUUGGAGGUGACUUCUGUAGGCUACACACCUUUCUGGACACACUCUUUUGCUUGACCUCCAUAUUUCAUCUGUGUUUCAUUUUCAUCAAUUGGCACUGUGCCAUCUGUGACCCUUUGCUCUACCCUACCUGUUUCACCAUAAGAGUGCCCUGCAUUUACAUUGGGAUGGAGUGGGCAGUGCUUAUGGCUUAUACCUCUGUCCUCUAUGCUAUAGCAAUAGCAGAAGGACUGGGCCAUUUUUUGCAAGACACACGCUGUGUUGAUAGCUGUUACCUCCUGUUCAACAAGAUCUGGGAGUGGUUGAACUUCCCAGUAUUCUUCCCUUGCCUUAUAAAGAUAGUUUUGUAAGUAAAAAUAUUUACUGUGGCUAACAAGGAAGCCAGGCUGAUAAAAACAAUGAGUGGGAUUAUUUGGUCUCAGCUACAUGUAGGAGCAUUCAAGAGGAAAAGGAAAGCAGCAAAGACUCUUGGGAUAGCUGUAGGCUGGUUGCCCUUUACCAUUGACACCAUGGUAGACAUUCUUCUAGAUUUCAUUACCCACCCAGUUAUGUUUGGCAUGUUCAUUUGGUGCUUCAGUUGUGCCUGCAAUCCCUUGGCCUAGGAAUUUUCCUAUUGUUGAUUCAGGAAAGCUGUGAAACUAGUCUUAACUCAUUGGAUCUUUUGUUCUAGGACAUCUACAGUAGACUUGUACCAGGAAUGA